AUGCUGACGCAACGACACAAGACAUCGGUGAUGCAUCUCACACCACCUAUCAACUGGGACAUUUCGGGCACGGAAAUGGAGAGAACAAUGUUCCAUCAUGUACACAAUUGUACAGUGCCAGAUUUCGGCGCCUCCACGCCGCUGGCUAAACUUUGGAGCAACUAUAUUCUCCCUCUCGGUUACUACUCAGACUCGGUCAAGCACGCCGUCGUCGCUCUCGGUGUCGCUCACAGGGCGUUUCUGGAAGACCCGUUCUACGGUAUGCAGGGUGCCGACAAUGCCUUAGCGCUGAGCGAUUUGGCAUCGAGACAUUACCGAAAAGCCGUUGCAGAAGCCAUACAGAUCAUGGCUGAUCCGUCACCUGUCAAUAUUCGAAUCACUCUCAUCUGCUGCCUAAUCUUUGUAUGUUAUGAGAUCGUCAGAGGCCAGUUUGAUAAAGCCGUUCAACAUCUGAGGUCCGGUGCGAAGGUGCUCGAAUCGAUUCAUCAAGCGGCGGUUGCACAUCGGCGAGACCCAGAUUCGGUUUCUGGUUACGACAAAUGCCUUGCCGAGACGGUUGAUAAACACUUUAAUCAACUAUGCGACAUCGCUGGCAUGUUUUCAUGCAUGGGAGUGGACGCCUCGAUGCUCAUCGAAGAUCAUGUUGUGCCCGAUUUGUCCUUCUUCGUACAGGAAGAAGACAAGGACCAAACAAAACCAUUCAUCAACGUCUCGGAAGCACGUUACCAGCUCCAUCUUGUGGAAGUGAGGUUCGCCGAGGCGUUUGAGGAGCCAUGGCCCUGUAGCGAUGCUUCCACAUGUAAAGUCUGUCCCUCCGAAGCUAGCAGCAAGGGCUCGCCCGAGUCCAUCAGUUCAAGGAAAGCCGAGUGGGAAGAGGCUGAGACGCAAUUCAACAUUUGGGGCGCCCGCUUCGACGCGUUCCAGGAAGGCCUCUCGGAACGUCUCAACCCGGAAGACGAAGAAGAAUUAAAGUCGCUCCGAUUUUCAAAAAAGACUUGGGAAGUUUUCAACGCCUAUGAUUCACCUUGCGAAAUGAAAAAUGCAGCCAAGGGAGAUUUAUGUGGCUUGGUGGAUAUGGCGGAAGAGCUUCUGCUUUCCAAGACAGCAGUGUCCAGACCGACAUUUUCGUUGGCUGCUGACGCUGUGCCUUCGCUAUCGUACAUUUGUGCCUUUUGCGAAGACGAGGAACUAGAAACGAGAAUCAUUGAUAUUCUUUGGAGAAUGAAGCGAAGGGAAGGUAUGUGGGAUAGCCAGGAAAUGGCCAAACUGUACGAACAAAUCUUGCAAGCUAAGCGGGACAACACCUGGAAAGACGAGUACAACUGGGAGAGUCUUCCGAAUCUAGUAAGAAGGAUGAACAGUCUGUCUGUAUCUGGAAACGAACGGAUGCCGGUCCUUUCACCGAUGGCCCUGCUUUGA